AUGCCAGAUGUCACUCAACACCAGUGUUAUAUCAAGGUCACAAAGUCUAGUUCAAGGACACUGUGGCGCCACAGCAUCAAACGCAAAACACGUCUCCGCACAGAAGCUGAGAAGAAGGCACUUACUGAGAAAUGCAGGGCUCAUAAAUGCGCGUAUAAGGAUGCCCUUGCAGAUUGUCAGGAUCUGGUCAUGCAGGAGGCCAUCAAAUUGCACGAACAGUUUCCUCACAGGACACAAAAGAGCCGAAAAGCAACCCGUUGGAACGCAUUUCUUUGUUCCGAGGUCAAGGCGAUGAAUGCAGCGCGAGCUCCUGACGAACCACGUGUGAAGGCUACCCAGGUCAGGCGUGAUAUCGCUGAGAAAUGGAAUGCUAAGUCACAGCAAGAAAAGAUUGACGCAACUGAAGGCCUCAUGGAAGACUUAGAAGACCAUCGCGAAAACAAGGCUUUGGCAAGUCACAACGUCCCCAUCAAUGCCUUCCAUGAUAUUCGCGCUACAUUGGAUUCUCUCGCUACUCUCUCUGCAAGGACUGGGUGUCAUACUGCCCUCAUCACUGUUCGGGGCGACCUCAACCAUUAUAAUUGUCCUUACGUCUACCUUUCAGAUGAUCGUGUCGGCGACUUUUUCCAGCUUGCUCUCAAAGAGACACCCUCCAACUUCGCAACACAUCUUGAAGGCUACUGUACAUCUGGCGUUACUGGUGUAGUUUCUAACUACAAGCAGAGUUUCCUUCAACUCAAGAGCAAUAUAAUGUACUAUGUCAACUUCGAUGAGAAUAUUACCGCGCAACAUGGUGUGGUUCUCGACAACUGGCUGCUCAAAAAAUUUGCAAAUCCUGGGGACAUAGGCUCGAUGGUGGAGGUCAAGAUUGUGUACAAUGCAUUUAGGACAGGUGUGACAAAAUUUCACGAGACCAGAUUCAAUAACACCUUGGAGCGCAGUUCAGAUGAUGACGCAAACGAAGAUAGGAAUGCACUGGCAGAUGAAAGUAGGAUUAACGCAAACAUUGAUCCGUCGCUCUUGUCUAUCUCACAGCCAGCAGACACCGAGUCACGGUCCAUACUUACAACAGAAGACUCUGCACCCAUUCAAAGGAAACGGGGCCGCGAGCAAGUAGAAAGUGGUGUGAUUUCAGGUAUUACGGGCAUGGGAGGAAAUGAGGUAUCUGUUACUAAGAAACAGCGCAAGACGCGCUCUGAUAAGGGAAAAAAGCGAGGGCCCAAACAGCGUGCUAAUCAGUCCACAGAGGCUGCAGCUUCAAGUUGA